UGACUGCCAAGUAAAUAACACUGUCAAUGCCCAGAAAAGUAUGAAAGACAUUGUCAGAAUAGUCCAUCUGCCAUCAGUGGUUCAACCGUAACGUUAUGAAGCUACGAGAAUACUUUUUUGUAUGGAAAGAAAAUAAAAAUGUAUUCAAUAUUUCGGCACCGUAGUGUCACCGCAGCGAGAGUCUCAGCUGAACGCAAAUAGCGUACGCUUUUCUGUGUCAGCCGCAAUGCAAGGAUGCGCUGUUUUCGUUCAAAUCAAAGCGUAAAUAUACGUAGAAGACGUAUCCAUGUGGAGCGGCUGACACAGAAAAGCGUACGCUAUUUGUGUUUCAUCCAAAAUAUCUUAAAUUGUGUUCCGAAGAGAUUAAUCAUUAAGAGAAGCAAACAGACGCUCGCGACAGAGAAGUCGUUGCCACGGCAACCAAAAGGAUGAUGCAAACGGAGGAGGCUGGACGAUGACGGACUUCGCUCGACUUCAUGACAGGAGGAAUUAAGAUGGUGAGUCUCUGCCUCACUGUGUGGAACAGAUUGGAGACACUAAUUCUUCUCAGGAACACACGUCACAGUUUGUGCCCUGAUUGAUUAAUGAAAAAUACUAUUACCCUUUUGGCUGUAUAUAUAUAUAUAUUGCUGCAUGUAUCCAUUUACAACUGAAUUACUGUAUAGGGAGCAGAUGACUAUGUUUGCCCCAGCAGUUUGCUUUCGUCAGCUAUAUGUUCAGCCAUCCUUAAGGCACCACCAUGGGCUUGGGGGGGCAAAGAGAGUGAGCCAGAGAGAGGGAUGGAGGGAUGAAGGAGGGGGAAUAGCUGCAGGCAUUACUGAAUUACAGAAUCCACAGAGACACACACACACACACACAGUUACAGAGAGAGAGAGAGAGAGAUAGAAGCGAUCUCAAAACAGCAUCACUCUCUGCUAGACGGAACGACAGUGAACAGAAUAGAGAAGAGAACAGAAUAGCGUGAUCGCACAAGCAUUAGACAGUAAGACAAAGAUGAGGUUGAUUAGACAGCUGUGAAAUUACCUGAGGGCAAAAUAAAAGAGGGGAUAGACAGAGAGAGGAAAAGAAGAGUGUGGCUUUUAAUCCUCUUGGCAUGCGAGUGUAUUCCUGGCUGUUUGGCACUGAGUGCGGUGGUCACCCUGUGUGUGAGUGUGUGCUGCAGAGUUUGUCAGUGGUGUUGGGACGCUUUGGACUGGAAUGUGUCUGAGUUAACCGCUGGGGGCUUUCGGGAAGACACCAUGCUGGGCAAGGAUUACAUGCUCGCCAUCAUCAUCGUCAACUAUGACGAUAACAUCUGGAAUGAUCAGAGUCUGGAGCUGGACUCAGAUCUGCCUCCAGGAUGGCGCACUAUACGUGACAGCACUGGCACCUAUUACUGGCAUGUGCCCACGGGCACAACACAGUGGCAGCACCCUUCCUACAGCGCAGAGGAGGAACAAAAUGCCAUUAACGGCAUCACUGCCAGCCAGAUCAAGACUGCAGCAGAUGGCAGGCGGGAAUCAAGAGGCAGACUGACUGAAAACCCUCUGCCCUCUCUGAGCGAAAGGCCCUCUUGGCAGGAAGAGUAUUUCUGUGCCAACAUGGAUCCCGACUCCAAGUGUUUUGCUGUGCGCUCGCUGGGCUGGGUUGAGAUCCCUGAGGAGGAACUGACCCCUGGCAAAAGUAGUCUGGCGGUGAACAACUGCAUCCAGCAGCUCUCUCACAGCAAAGCAGAGGGCCGGGACGCAGUUGGCGCCUGGGGAGAGGGUCAGGAUAUGAUGAUGGUCCUCAAGAAGGACACUCUCAGUCUAAUGGACCCUGUGGAUCGCAGCCUCAUCCAUUGUCAGCCCAUAAUUAACAUCCGUGUAUGGGGGGUGGGCUGCAACAAUGGCAGGGACUUUGCCUUUGUGGCCAGUGAUAAAGACACCUGCAUGCUCAAGUGCCAUGUGUUUCGCUGCAACGCUCCAGCCAAGACCAUUGCAUCUGCCCUGCAUGAGAUGUGCUCCAAGAUCAUGGCAGAGAAGGCAGCACUGCAGCCCUCUAUGACCCGUUCUCUCACCAUGGAGAGUAUCUCCCCAGAGGACUUGCCGCUCCAGGUUGACUUCCUGGAAGCAGUGAGGCAAAGGGUGCAGAAGUUUGAGGUGGAGUACAUUGGAAACCUGCCUGUAUCCAGAGCAAUGGGAAUGGAAGUGUUGAACAGAGCUAUUGAGAGCAUCAUGCACUCCAGAGACAGAGAUGAGUGGGAGCCGAUAGUCAUCCAUGUGUCUGAUACAGUUCUGUCUUUAUGGAGAGGAGAGGAUGGAGAUGACCCAUUUUGGGAAAGCCAAGUACGUUACUUGACUUUCCUAGGUGUGGGUCAUGACACACACACUUUUGCAGUCAUAGUGGAUGCAGGAACCCAGCGCUUUGAGUGCCAUGUGUUCUGGUGUGAGCCCGAUGCUGGGAUCAUCUCUGAGGCAGUUCAGGCUGCAUGCAUGGUCCAAUACCAAAAGUGUUUGGUUGCACAGACUCCUCCUGUGAGGUCCAAAAUGUGGCGGGCAGGCUCCAAAGUCAAACGAGCCAACUCCAUGGAUAGCUCUAGCUUCCCGCCUCGACACCAAGGACACACACCUUCCAAAAUGGCUUCUCCCAGCGUGAAGAAGGGCAUGCUGGCAUUUUUUGAGACAUUUCGGAAUAAACAUUCUGCAGUACCCACACCCUAACAACAGCAACUCCGGGAGGAGGAUGGGGCCUGAUGGGCUUUGAGGAGGGGGAUAUGAGGAGAUGGAGAAAUGAAAGGAAUGAAUAAACAUGAAGCCUAAAAGCUUAGAAAUAUGAGUAUCCUUUGCCUUUGGCAUUUUUCGAAAAAUCCAACUUAAUUUCCCCGGUAUGACUUCACAAAAAAGAAAACAACCCACCUAAUUGCCCUUAAUAAGAGUGUUUUUGAGGAUUGACAUAUCUGAAUGUAGGUGUGCAGAACAGUGUUUAAAUGACAUUGAGGUGCUGUGCUCUCACAUUCCAAAAACUGACAGAACUCCAAACGCUCUGAAAUUGAAAUGCUGUUAUACAACAGUUAGUUACUGUUCUCAAAUGUGAUUGAUAAAAGGCUCAUUUACACGGCACAGACAGACAGGGAUUGUCACAUUGGUCGUUGUCUGUCAGCGCAGUGUGAAUUAGAGUACAAAUUCUCUGGGGCUUUGCAUCACUCCACUUGUCUAUUUGUUCCAGACAGACUGUCAGUCUAUAUAUUAGCGGUGGGGAUUUUCUUUUGACUCUUUCUGCAGGUUACACUGUUACGGCAGGUGGUGACAAGUGAUGAGUCUUUAUGAAUCUAGUGGACCUUUCUCUAGUAAACCACGUUACAGUCCGGCUCGUAGACACUCUGCAUGAUGUAAGUUUCAUCGACAGCACUGUCCGCUGAUGUUUGUGCACAACAUUCAGGUGCUACCCAAUGAUUGGGUCUGUACAGACUUGUGCACGGACAUCACCACAUGUGCAAGUGAUUUGAGCACUUUAAGAGGCUUGCACGCUCAACUGUGCAUGAGAUGGAGCAGAACGUGGAAAAUGUAUACCUGGGCUUUCACUUUCACCUUUACGUUUCAAGCUCUCAAAUGUCUUGCACACGUGCUAUUGUUGUCGCAUAACUUCAUGCGAAAAAAAACCUGUAUGUGGACAUCGGCGGACUGUGUUAACGUAAAGCGAAAAUUAUGUAAUGCAGACUCUCCAUGAACUGGAGCAGAAUGUGGAAAAGUAUACUUUCUGCUAAAGUCGUUGAAUCAUUGACUCAACUAUGUGUUGCUCAGAGACUUUUUUCAUUGGCUAAGCAAUUACAAUCAUAUCAACAUCUAAAAUUUCUACGACCAACAGUAUGUCGUGCAAUAAGAUGUAUAUCGCAGUUUAAUCGAAAUGUCUGAAAUAUUUUGAUUACAAGUAUUGAUGUACAGUCAGUGACCUAAUUCUUGUAUGACUAGUAGAGGGUAGAGAUUUUCUGUUUAGGUCACAUUUAAAUUUAGCUUCAAACCUAUUAGGAGUAUCCGUAUAUAUUAACAGUGAACCGUUUGUGAAAAAGGAUGCUGUUUGCUGUUCUAAUACACCUUUAAAAUCAAAUGAAGCUCAGAAUAUUCAAGGUCGUUACUCCAUCUUGAGCAAUUUUCACACACAACAAACAGACCUCAAUAACAUAGUGCUAUCAGUGCAAGAGUCGUGCUUUAGAUAGACCCUGCUUGUGUCACUAUCAUUGUUUCUAUUGUGAGCUCAGAAACGCAGAUGAGGAGAUAUCAGUGACCCCAAACAGAGACAUUGCUUGUUAUGAUCCUUCCGGUUUGUGGAGUCCUCAGUUUAGUGUCAUCUUUGCAUGAUUUUGCACAUGCUUGGAAAUUCAAGGCUUCGCUUGGGUACUUGAGAACACAAGCAGAGUGUGUUGGAGCUUUGAAAACUAGCUAAGUAUGUACUUGGAUAAUUUAGAAAAAUCAUAAAAAAAAUAAAAAAAAGAUGCAGUCACAUCAUUCUUGUGCAAAUUUUCACAAGCAAAAUCCAGUAAGAAUCCUAACAACUGGGAAUUUUGUGUAAGGGUUCGUCACGUGGAUUCACGGCAUUUAAUAAUAGAAAGCUACUUGGUUUGAGAAUGACUUUUGUGUGAGCUUUAUAUAUUGCUACACUUUUGAAAAUAGACAAUGGUCCUUUUUUGCCUGUGAAAUUUUGCUUAUGUGACUAUACCUUAAAAACAUACAAAAUGUGAUUUACUCCCAAAGGCAGUGCAGAUCUUGAUGAUGAAGAACCCACAGCAAAAACUGUGGUUUCACUGCCAAAAAAAAAAAAAAAAAAAAAACUUGCGCCAAUAUAUUUGCAUUAUUUUGAAUGUAAUAAGCUCUUUCAAAGCACUCAACCUCAGUGCAUGUUGAUCUGAGAUGCCCACAGGCACGUAAGCACCCACACGAAUGCCACUAAAGGAAGUUAUGUGAUGCUAUAUCUAAUAUAUGCAACUGCUCCUUCCCUUCCCUUACUUACAAGAAAAAAAACAAAAAAAACAUGUAUUAUAUCACAAAUGAACUCAGGUCUCCUUAAUGCUAAAACAAAGGGGGAAAUAUAGAAGUGGACGACUCUUCAGCAUGUAAGAUCAUUGACGACAAGCCUUUAGAAGAAAGUUUGACUGAUAGUCUUAGUUAACGGUCAUGUAGCACCUUGUGUUUCUUAUUUUUGUCCAAUUUAUACUCUCUGUAAAGAAAUCUUUCUCUAUAUAUUUGCAGUAUUUCAGCACAAACUAGGAUGUCAUGUAAAUGGUUUUGUAUUAUUCUUUGUGUUUGUUAUUAUUGUUGUUAUUAAUCAGAAUGACAUGCCGACCCGAAUCCACCAUUUGGUGGAGUGUGUUGGGACAUUAAACUGCUUGAAUCUCUAGCUCUUUUGUCCUUCAUUUGUGUGUCAGUGUCUUAUACACCUGCUU